AUGUGGUUGCGGCGUCGGCUGGCCUACCGUGCAGUAUAUACCUCUGUUUGCGGUCAGCUUAACGUCGUGGCUGUAUUUCCUCACUUCACAAUGCCCUCGCCAGGCUCCAAGAGACCGCUCUCUAGCACCGAGCGCGCCAUUUCACCUCCAACCAAGAAGAAGGUGAAAGUAGAGGCCUCCGUCACUAGCCAAACAGUCGCUAAUUUCUUUAAACCUGCUUCUCAGAAGCCUACGCCCAGCCAGCCGAAGAAGGUGUCAUGGCACAUAGUGAACAACAGUUGCAUCGUGGGCCGCUAUCUCGUUGGCCAAAAGGGCGAGACGCAAAAAGAGGAGCAGAGCAAUGAGAUUAAGAUUGCUGCCUUUGACUUUGACCACACUCUUAUAAUGCCCAAAUCCAAUUCCAGGUUCUCCCGCUCUGCCUCUGACUGGAAGUGGUGGGAUGCCAGCGUCCCGUCUAAACUCAAACAACUUGCGGCGGACGGUUACACGCUUGUCAUCGUCUCGAACCAAAAGGCAGUCAGCUUGAAACCCGAUGGGAAAGCAAAAACAGGCAACUCUGAUUCAAAGAGCUUGUCCGUACUGAAGGAGAAAAUCACGACCAUGCUGGAUACGCUGGACUUGGAUGUCCCAGUUAGCAUUUAUGCUGCCACGCAGUAUGACGAAUAUAGGAAGCCUAGGAUGGGGAUGUGGAGGGAGAUGGUAAAGGAUUUGGGACUGGAUAUGAGUGAUGACGUGGAUGAUCAAGAAGCAUCGAGACCAAUAAAGACACUGGAUCUGGAAAGCUCCAUCUUCGUUGGCGAUGCUGCGGGUCGAAAGGGAGACCAUUCUUGCUGUGAUAGGUACGUUGUCAAAUCUGUUUGUCUUUUUUUCUGUUUGCCUGGAUUUCAAAAAAAUCUUCAAGUUGACCUUGAUCCCUUUUUUAAGAAACUUCGCUGCAAACGUUGGUAUACAGUUUAA